GCUUGUGGUGUCGGUUGUGGUGCACAAAAUGGCGGCUGAGCCUGUUCAGAGAGCAGCCUUAAAUAGCCAAGGAUGCGCAGUGCGCUGAAACAGUAGCUAUUUGGCACUGAGACGCGCAAGGAUCGUCCAGGAUGUGUGAUUUUAGCAUCGACUACAUACUGAACCGCGCCGGCGAUAGAUAUGUCGGCACCAAUGCCUCCGUGGGCAUAAUGCAGCGACUUGGAGUCAGCCUGUAUCAUCCAUACGCUUCGCCUGCACCCAAGGAGCAGUUGCCGUCCGCAGCAUCAGUUUCUAUGCUGGACGGACCGAUGCCCAUGUACGACUUGCUGCAAUAUACACGCUACCAUCCGCCCAAGCUGCCGCGAGCGCUGCGUCAGGGAUCCGCGAAGCGUACACCGGGACGCCUGCCACGCAUUCCCUUCACACCCGCCCAGCUACAGGCAUUGGAGUGUGCCUACAAGGAGUCCAACUAUUUGAGUGCCGAGGAUGCGAACAAGUUGGCCGAAACGCUGGAGCUGACGAACACGCGCGUCAAGAUCUGGUUCCAGAAUCGUCGUGCCAGGGAAAGACGUGAGAAACGGGAGAAGGACGAGAGCUGUGACUCCACCUUCUCAUCGAAUGCAUCCAGUCCGGAGCCAGAGACCGAGUCGGAUAUUUUGGUCAUUGUUUGAAAAGCAAUGGGAGCCUCAUUGGGCGGGUUCGCGAACGGGGCGUGGUUAGAAAGAAUGCCCAAAGUUUGGCUGU